AUGGCGCGCAAGAACCAAUGGCGAGACGAUAUGCACGAUCCGGAGGCCCUAGAGACAACCAGUUACGAUGCUUUGCCUCUGAGAAUCACGCAAUACACCCUGCCUGUCUAUGGCUAUGACAAUUAUUUCCUCGGAAGUGAUAACUUCGAAAUAGUUAUUAUCAGGCGCUGGCCCAUGAUGAGGUUAAUAUGCCCGAUUCGACUGCUCCCCAGUCACCACCUGGCCCGCCGAAGCUGUGUUGCCGGGUUCGCGAUCAUCGACGAGGAGAAGACCCGAGAUCUGGAAGCGCUAGAAGCACUUCCACAUAAAGCUAUCAUUAAUGUCACUGCUCGGUACCUUGCUAUCGAAAUGAAGGAUAUGGCCAACCAGGACCAAGACCUUGGAUCCAAUGUCGGCUCCAAGGCAGACUUCGGCUCCAAAGCCGACGGCCUAGCUGAGCAAGACCUCCCCAACAUUCCACAGUUAUCACCCUCCGUUGCCAACGAGAUCGUUGCCAUGUUCGAUAGACCUUUCACUGUUUCUAACGGUGAAAAGAAUCAGAGAGGCAAUCCAUAG